AUGUCGUCCGAUCCCGCGUGCUCGGUCGCUCGCAUCGAGCUCGAACCUAAAUGGCUCACUUUACAGCGCGACCACAACGAGCGCGUCGAGCGCGAGCGCGCAGCCGCGCGCGCCGAUGUUUCGACAACCAACUUUGAGAGAAGCCACUACGCGGCGUUUUUCGACGCGCUCGCGUUCGAAGUCGCGCCGGAAGACGAGUGGACGGCGCGCGAGCGCAUACUCGAAGCCUUUCGCGACGCGCACGUCGACGGCAACGUCGAGCGCGACGCGUUCAUGAGCGAACUCGGCGAACACUUGGUGUCGAAAUUCGGGACAAAGGCGCUGCGACGCCGCAAGGACAACCUCAACAUAACGAGCGCGCGAGUCCCGAGCGAAAAGGUGAAUCUUAGGGUGAAUAAAAAGCUAGCCAAGGCGAAACGGAUGAAGGGGCGACAGCUCGAUCCCAACAGAAGUCGGAAAAUUGUCGCCUCAAAGGCGGAAGACGCGAUAUCGUCGAGAUAUAUGACGGAGUUUUUGCAGCUGCACUGCGCGACGGAGUUGGUUGAGAGCCGAGUGUUCCCGGACGCAAAGGAGUUGACGGAGAGUUUCUCGGCGUUCAACGCGUGGCGUACGCAUCUGAGCGAUGAUUUUAGUGCAGAUGAUCCCAACAUCACGCUCGUGUCCGUGGGAGAUGGUCACACGCCGCGAACCGCAGCCUUGUUUGCGUUUCGUACGCGCUGGAAUUGCGUCGCGGUGGAUCCGGAGAUGGGCUUCGCGAAGGACUCCAAAGCGUCGUACGACAUCGAUCGUUUGCAGCAUCACUGCGCAAAAAUCGAAGAGAUGCGCAUCAAAACUAAACGGUGUAUCAUCGUCAUGGUGCACGCGCACGUGUCUUUAGCGACGACAUUGCGUUCAAUCCAGGCUGAAGACGGCACCGCCGCGUGCAUCGCGUUGCCCUGUUGCAACUACUAUUCCGCAAUAGACGCCCCGAAUCGAGCGGUGCCAGAGUAUGAGGACAUGUCCGUCAUCUCCCCACAUCGCACCGUGCGAGUCUGGAAAGCGCUUCCGUGCGGUACAAGCGAGUCGCCCCAAUAG